GCUGCUCAGCGCUUCACCUCCAGCAGCUUCACCUCCAGCAGCUCCGUCUCCAGCAGCUCCGUCUCCAGCAGCUCCGUCUAAAGCAGCUCCGUCUCCACUUCAUCGCGAUGGAAGACCCGGUGAAGGUGUGUGUGGAGGAUCCGGGCCGGGCGGCGGCCGCCAGCGGGGGGCGCUCCAGACUUCCUGCAGCCCUGCUGCUCUGCGCUGUGGGCCUGGCUGCUGCUCUGCUGCUCUACACAGCUCGCUCCACGGGCCCGGCAGCAGCGGGGGACGAGCUGGCAGGUCUUCGUCAUGCGCUGAGACAGGGUCCUCGCCUCCGAGCCGCCAUCCACCUCCACGGACUUCAUAACUCCAGCCUGAAGACGUCGGUGCAGUGGAUGGACCAGGUGGGCCAGUCCCACGCUCAGGGCGGUCUGCGCCUGGAAGACAACCAGAUCGUCAUCCCCAGCGCCGGCCUCUACUUCGUGUACAGCCAGGCGUCCUUCGCCGUGCGCUGCGGCGGCGACGACCCGGAGGACGUGUCCCUGGUCCACCUCAGCCACACGGUCAAGCGCUGGUCCGACUCCUGGGCCAGCGAGCGGACGGACGAGUCCUACCACACCAUCCUGCACUCCACCAGGACGGCCUGCCAGCAGGGGGCGCCCCGGCCCGACGGGUUCUGGUACUCCGCCGUCUACAUGGGAGCCGUGUUCAGCCUGAGGGGCGGGGACCGCCUGAGCACCGCCGUGGGCGAGGACAUGCUGGACAAGCUGGAGGACGAGGACGGCAAGACGUACUUCGGUGUGUUUGCCUUGUGAUGAGCUGCAGGUGUGUGUGGAGCUGCGGUGUCACUACAGACCCCCAGGAUGCCCCCCAGG